GCCACCUGUCAGUGUCCAUCAGUGCCAGCAGUCAGUGCUCAUCAGUGCCACGUGCCAGUGCCCAUCAGUGCCACAUCAAUGCCACAUAUCAGUGCAUACCAGUGCACAUCAAUGCCACAUAUCAGUGCCCAUCUGAGCUGCCUUUCAGUGUCACCCAUCAGUGCCAGUCAGUGCCACCUAUCAAUGUCAAUCAGUGCCACCUAUCAGUGCCAUGCCAAUCAGUGCCACCUAUCAGUGUCCAUCAGUGCAGCCUAUCAGUGCCCAUCACUGCAGCCUCAUUAGCGCACAUCAGUGAAGGAGAAAAAUCACUUAUUUACAAAAUUGUAUAA